UGGUUCAGCUAUCCGUGCAGAGUUUAUCCACCAAGGCUUCCGGGCGAGCACAGCCUAGAUCAACUCACCGAGCGCCAAGGUCGGGGUGUGGACACUUAUUAAAAGCAGUGCCACAUCCAAUUUCGCGUGCUCACAUCACGUCCGCUCGGAUCUCCAGCAUCCUAUUCUGCACAUCAUUCGCGUACAUAACACCAAUCGUGAUUCCGUACCCGUACCUCAGCUGCCACGCCUCUAUCGGGGACAUCUAUGUCGUCACCUCGCGCCCAGAACCCAGCCGACUCCAGGACAACAUCGGGGAAUAGGUCACCUUCUCAGUAUACUUUUCAUCUGCGCACAAAGUCUUAUUCGGCUCCUUCGCCGCCUACCAGCAGCACCACAAAACGAUCCAACGCCCAAGCUCACACGUCGUCCUACACUGCCAAUCCUUCGCCUCUCAAGAUGGUCACGACGUCGACAGACUCGCAUCACGCCCAAAACGUGUCGCCUUACUACUACUCGUCGCCUGGUACCGACACACAAGGGUACGGAUGGAUGCAGCCGAUAGAGAUCGAUGACGAUGACCUCCUCUUCGGCGGCAAGAGCCUUAGCGAGUGGCACGAGGAAGAGAGAAGGACAGUGAGCACGCCAGCAGAGGAGGAAAGGAGAGGUCGCCAAAGGGUUCGGUCCACCGAAAGCAGCCACUUUCAAUCUGUGCUCGAUGCUAACAGGGCAUUGCAGGUGCGACAAAGCCACUCCUACUCGUCGUACCCGUCGAAAUCGAAAACGACGAGCAGCGGAGAGCAAAAGAAACAUUAGGCUGUCCUACACAAUGAGAAGAGGAAGACUUGUGGAGCAGAGAUUCCCACAUGUCGAGAUACCCCCCCUUACUCAGCAUUUCAUUAGGUCUCCGAUCGACCUCUUUUGUCUGAUACCACCAGCCCUCGCUUUACCAGCGGGUUUUCGCAUUUAGACU